AUGUCUUCUGUUAUAAGUCGAACCCUGGACAAGCGGCAUUUUCUAUCAAGGAAUGUGUGUCUCUUUAUAGAUUCCCUACAAAACUCUAGUCGUCGUGUCCCGUCCAUUUCCAGGCCAGUGGAGUAUUUAAUGACAACAGGAAACCUCUUGUCUCGGACUGGUCUAGGACUGAUGCAGGUAUCUGGUCUGACCAUUGUUGCGGACAAGCUGAACUUUCUGCGAUACAUUUCACACUUCCGAUGUAUACAUAGAGGCUCGUUCUUCGCGGAGAUGAGAACCACCGCCGUCAGAAAAAUGUUACCAGAAUCCUGGGGAUUUAUUUGUCCCGUACACACCCCUGACGGUACUCCCUGUGGCCUGAUGAAUCACAUGACGGCCCUCUGCAAGAUCGUGAACAAAAUCUACAGUAACGUCCACCUGCCUAAGUUACUGUGUUCCCUGGGAGUGACCCCUUUAGACGCCCCACCCAUGGGAAAGUACAAUGACAACUACCGAGUCAUCGUGGAUGGGAAAAUCAUUGGCAAUGUACACUACAGUUUGGCGGAAAGCGUGGCACAAAAAAUUCGGGUCAUGAAAGUUGAAGGUCUUAACAAGGUACCCCCGGUGACAGAGAUCGGGUUUGUGCCUCGCACCGAAUUUGCCAGUCAAUAUCCAGGUCUCUUUAUCUUUACGUCACCGGCACGGAUGGUGCGACCUGUCCGAAACCUAAGUCUCAAGAAAAAUGAAAUGAUUGGCACAUUUGAACAAGUCUAUAUGGACAUCAGCUUGAACGAUGAGGAAACACACCAGCAUCAAAAGGUGGUGACCCACCAGGAGCUCACAGAAAUAGCGAUGCUGUCGACGGUGGCCUGCCUCACACCUUUCUCCGACUUCAACCAAAGUCCCAGGAACAUCUACCAGUGUCAGAUGGGUAAACAGACAAUGGGUACUCCCGGUCACGCCCUGGGUCAUAGGGCAGACAACAAGCUGUACAGAAUACAGACUCCUCAGUCACCAAUGGUCCGCCCCUACAUGUACGACUAUUACAACGUUGACGAGUACCCUGUAGGAACUAACGCUGUGGUGGCCGUCAUCUCUUACACUGGGUAUGACAUGUAGGACGCCAUGAUUCUGAACAAGUCAUCGUUUGAGAGGGGCUUUGGACACGCAACAAUUCACAAAGCAGAGAUAAUAAGUUUGGCAGCCAAAGACAAUUCAAGCCGUGGCCAGAAUUCAAAUCUCGUCUUUGGCUGUAAAGGAGCAGAUAUGAAGCGCAUAGAGGGCAAAUUGGACAGUGACGGCCUACCCAAUAUUGGAGCUUAUCUACAGGAAGGGGACCCCUACUACAGCUACUACAACCUACAGACUGGGGAGUCCAGGGUGGAGCGGUACAAAAGCGCUGAGCCUGCCCACGUAGACUACAUAAAGAUUCUGGGCAAUGACCUAGGUACCAGCGAGCUCAAUAAAGUCUGCAUUGGGCUUCGGAUCAAGAGAAAUCCAAUCAUAGGAGACAAAUUUGCCAGUCGACACGGCCAGAAAGGAAUUUGUAGUAUGCUGUGGCCGGUGGAGAAUAUGCCUUUUACAGAGAGCGGGAUGACGCCAGACAUCCUGUUCAACCCGCACGGCUUCCCAUCCAGAAUGACCAUAGGUAUGAUGAUAGAGAGUAUGGCGGGUAAGUCCGCGGCCAGUCAUGGCCUUUGUCAUGAUGCUACACCGUUCAAGUUUUCUGAAGACCAGCCAGCGAUCGAUUACUUCGGAGAUAUCCUCACUAAAGCUGGCUAUAACUAUUAUGGGACAGAGCGUAUGUACAGCGGGUCAAGUGGACUGGAGUUAGAAGCCGACAUCUUCAUAGGAGUGGUGUACUACCAGCGUCUACGUCACAUGGUUUCUGACAAGUUCCAGGUGAGAUCUACAGGUCCUGUUGACCAGUUGACCCACCAACCAGUGAAGGGCAGGAAGCGUGGUGGAGGGAUCAGAUUUGGGGAGAUGGAGAGAGAUGGAAUGAUCGCUCAUGGCACAGCGUUUCUCUUACAGGACCGCCUCCUUAACUGUUCUGAUAAAUCUAUGGUCCAUGUUUGUACAAAGUGUGGUAGUAUGUUAUCUCCCCUGUUGGAGCGGCCGGUGACGGCAGUGGCGGCGGUCACCUCGGAAAUGAGGCGUAAAUGGACAUGUAUGUUGUGUAAACGCUCGGACACUAUCAACAUUAUCACCGUGCCUUUUGUGUUCCGAUACUUAGUGGCAGAACUGGCGGCCACUAACAUCAAAGUACAGCUGGAGGUUAAAUGA